AUGAAUAAAAAUGCACAACUAUUUUACCUUGGAUUCCUCGCCAUUGUGACGUCGGUGAAAUCUGAAGGUAUUGGAGGCAUUGUAAGAAAAAGAUAUUUCUGUGUGAAAUAUGAUUAUUUCAAUGAUUAUGAUGAUGACAAUGAUGAUGAUGUCAAUAAUGUGGUAAAAAGUAGUGGUGAUAUUAUAAGUAGUGGCGGUGAUGAUGGUCUUGAUGAUGGUGAGGGUAGUGAUGAUGAUGACGAUGCUGAUAAUAAUGAUGAUUGUGAUAGAAGUGGUGAUAGCGAUGAUGAUGGUGUGGAUGCUGAUGAUAGUACUUGUGACAAUGAUGGUGAUGAUAGUGUUGAUGGCCACGAUGAUGGCGUUGAUGAUUGUGAUGGUAGUAAAGAUUGCAACUAUGAUGAUGACGAUGGUAGUAAUGGCGACGGUGAUGGUGUUGAUAAUAGUAAUGGUGGUAGUGAUGGAAGUGUAGAUGGUCACAAUGAUGGUGUUGGUAAUGGUAGUAGUGAUGGCUACGAUGAUGGCGGAGGUGAUGAUAGUGUUGAUAAUGACGAUAAUAGUGGUUUUGAUGGUAGUAGUGAUGGCGACGAUGAUUGUGAUGGUCAUGGUAGAAGUGAUGAAGAGAGCCAUUAUCACGAUGAUGAUGUGAUUGGUGAUUGCGACGAUGGUGUUGGUAGUAAUGGUAGAAGUGAUAGUGAUGAUGAUGGCGGAUGUGAUGGUUGUGGUGAUGGUCAGGAUAAUGGUGUUGGAGGUGAUGAUAGUGGCAAUUAUAGUGGUAAUGGUAGUAGUGAUGGCGACAAUUAUGGUGGUGGCAGUGGGGAUGGUCCCGAUGAUGGGGAAGGUGAUAGUAAUUAUGAUAGCGACGAUGGUGGUGUUGAUGAUGGUGAUAAUAGUGCUAGAUGA